UUCCCCAGCUACUGUCUCUUCGUGCUUCUUCUUCCUCCAGUUCGCGAAGGAGGAGGAGAGGAUUCGCGAAGCACGAGCGAAGUAAUCGAAGAGAAGUUAGAGGGAAGAGAGAUCGAAGAUGCAUGCGGAGGCCGGGCUUCAGCUGCCUCUGGGCUUCUCGGACGGCUUCUUCCAUGACUACAGUAGCGGGCACAGCUCCUACCUGCCGUUCUCCGAUGAGGGCUUUCUCUCCCCCCGAUUCUGCGUCGGCGUCGAGGAUGGUUCGCGCAACAUGGCCAAUAUGGUACAGGCUCCCUCUGUUUUGGAAUAUGAUAUGGGAGGAGAAGGAGAUCUUUUCAACGCUCCAGAACCUAUCUUGGAAGAUCCUGCACUCGAUCCUAUGGUUAAUGCCAUGUCCGUUAUAUCAGGUGGACAUGUCAUCACAGAAACCAUCAAGGCUGCAGAUAUAGAGUCAACCCAAAAUGAUCAUCUGAGUGACAUUUUCAAUGAAUGCAAGAAGGACCUUAUGGAGAAAUCAGAUACUGAAGAGACAAUUUCUGAUCUCCUAGAAGUGAAGAUUCUUUUAGCUGAAAUGGUUGAGGUUCCCCCACCUUCCAAAAAAAUUAAUUGUGCAGAAGGAACAAUUCUUGAUAAGUCGCAGAUUGAAGAGACAAUUUCUGAACUCCUAGAAGUGAAGAUUCCUGCAUUCGAAACAGUUGAAGUUCCACCUCCAGAAAAAGCUAAUUGUGAAGAAAUAUUAAUUCAUAAAAGUGCAAGUUCUGAUUGUUUAAGCUCAUUAGAAUGGAUUCCUAGUUCAACUAGGAGACCAGAGUUCCUUGAUUUCCAAGGAUUGGAUUUUGAAGCUGCACUUGGUUUGAAGAGAGCAUGCAGUGAAGGAGAUAUAGAGAAUCUUGGCAGUAAAAGUGCCAACUCAAGAAAUACAACCACUGCAUGCUCUUCAUUUGAGCAACUCCUUUCCAUCGAUAAGACAGAACAGCGACUACAAAAACUUUCCAGAUACAGGGAGAAGAAGAGUAAGAGAAACUUUGCCAGACAAAUAAAGGUUGCAACUGCGAAUUUUAAAAGGAAUAGAGCCUAAGAAAAUAUUCCACUAUAAUUCAAUUCCUUGAACACUCGAAGAUUCAAGCCUCUAGAAAAUACAGGAAGAAAGUAGCAUUCUAUUCUUCCUAGUUGAUACAGUGAUAAAGAUGGGUCCUCUAAAAAAGUGGGUCAAAGACGGGAGGAUCAAUUGACAUGGAGGUCGAAGUCACAUGGUCGAUCGAACCCGGAAUUAAUGACUAGGCAGGGUUGGCCAAGCGGGCCUUGCAACGUCAGUCGGAUGUUAAGGGCCGAUCGGGCCACUCGAAUAGCUGUCCUUCGCAACUCGCAGAUAGAAUUUGGAGCUAAGUACUAAUUUACUCGGUACACCAUCCUAGCCGAUCAGACCUAAAGUUCGAUCGGGCACAAGGCCGAUCAGACACAAUGUACCUUUCUGACAACAUGAGGGUUGAAUGAAGAACAAGUCAAUGGAUGCAUUCUGGAAAGCCGAGCUGGCAAGCUCUCGGUCGAGUGACCACCGAUUGGCCUAUAACGGAGCCUAGAUACCUGUCAUAUUGUACUCUUUUAGAAGUUUGUGCUAGAAAGGACAAAGAAUAUUUCGUUGGCAAAUCGUCCUUUAGAAGCUUCCAGCUUGUCAAGUCAACGAUUUGGUGGCUCGUUUAAGGAAAAGUGUUAGAGGCACUUUAUGGUCUGUCCUUUCUUAAGAAAGCUUUGGGAAACGUGUCAAUGCUUUAAGAUGCAUGCAUAAUGCAACAAUGAUACUAUAAAAGGGUCUUCAUCUGCAGGCAAAGGUAUGCGAUGCUUCUUAUUUGCACACGCUAUCUGCUACAGUUCAUAAUUACUACUUUCUUCUCCAAAAUCGAGCACUGACUUGAGUGUUGGAGGACCAAUGCAAGGAACCCCUUCCUUGGCCCAACACUAAUGCUCCCUGUGUUGUAGGACACUGCAAAGUCUUUAUCGAGUUAGCAAUAGAGCCACGUCACAGCUCACCGCCUUUAUUGAUUUUGGACAGAAUCAUAUUUCCCCUAUUCUCCGAUCAGACGCCCUCCCUAUCCAAGCCACCGUUCGGUGCCAUCGCGUCCACCCAUUUCUUAUCUGCUACUUGUGCCAGCUGGCCUGAUGGGCCCUUUUUCCACCAUUUGUUCCACUCCAAUGUCCAAAUCCAUGGUCAAUGCUCACUCGGACCCAAGGAGUUGCUUAGGCUAUUUCUCCAAGUCCUCCUUCAAUUGGGUAGCCUCUAUAGUUAAGCGUUCGAUCAAGGACUUGAAGUGCUUGCAUCCUCGACCGAGGUUUGCGCCUGCUUGAGCUCAUGGUCUAACUAGGCUAGCCUUUAGCAAAGAGUCAAGCCGUCCACCCAAAAUUGGUACACAAAGAAAUUAAUUAAAGCCGAGCUGAGUGGAAAAUAUAAUUAUUUAAAAUGUUAUACGAACUUACUUACCCCCAUGGAAUUUUGGCUAAAUCGAUUGGCCAACUCAUCAAGGGGAAUGGUCGCCACCUUGGCUCUGGCUUCCACUCAGGUAUGGGCUAAGGGACCCUGAAUCCUUAUCUUAUGCUCAGGGGCACGUGGCUCCUCUAGUUUAGGGUAGCACCACUCAUCGGUUGGCAAUCUUAGGAUGUCCAUUACAUGCUUGUGCGAAGUGUAGCCAAUUGGCUCUAAGCUAGCCUUGCCCAUGUAUUUGGAUAUUGGAGUGGAGUGAAUGGUGGAAAAGGGGUCGGCUGGCACAGAUAGCAGAUAAGAAAUGGGUUGAACGAUAAUGGCAUCUGGUCGGAGGAUGGGGGAGUUGGUCCGCCCGUUGCUCUCUCAGGAGCGGCAAAAGUGGAGCUUUCGCCCCGUUCAGAUGCUGGUCACUGCAUGAAUGUGACAACAGAAGUUUGGGGGACAGAAGUUGUGAGCGGGCAGCAGCUUUCGUUCGAAGUCUGUUACGGCGUUGACGCUGAACCAAGGGCUCAACGAAAGUCAUGGACUCCAAAGGCACUGCUACAGGCACCAAAGAAGGCCGCUCGAGAGGUAGCUCCCCAGUAUUUGUAGCAGCAUCACUCCUCGCUACUCUACUCGCUUCUUCUUCACCAGUCGGUGCUUUUGAGGUUCCGACCGGCAAUAGCUCAUAGCUCUCCAGCUCAGUAACUCCAUGAGCUUCCAUCUCUUCAUCAGUUAACUUAGUGGAGCCACUGUGUAACGUCCUAAACAUCAUUUUUGCUAUAAAAAAAGAGAAAAAAAUCAGCUAGAUCAAAAAAUAAGGGAAGAAAAGGCUACUCAUCAAAAGUGCAGGGUAAUAGGGCGUGGACGAGACUCAGCCCGAACAUAUACAAAACACUCUCCAGCAGCAACUUGUGUCUGUGAUAUUUCAUGCCGAUUAGUUGUGCCGCGGCUUGGAUGUAGGUCGACUCCCAUCGAUAUUUUCCUAGCUUAGAGGAAUUGGGUAUUUGCAUUUGCCACCCUCUCGAGAAGGCAGCCCGGCUGGGAAGUUGGACAUAGAAGUAAUGAGACUUUUGACACUUGUUGGAGGAGGACAUCUUAUCAAAAUACACGGCGCCGACCCAGGCUUGGAGGAAGAAGAUGCCCUGUUCAGAUUGUUUAGGGUAAUAAAAAUAAUAAAAAAUGUGAGGAUUAAGGGAAAUCCUAUAAAGAUGGAACAAUACUGCUACUCCACACAGUAACCUAAAAGAGUUAGGUACUAGUUGCUGUAAUGGAAUAUGAAAGUAUCUACAAAUUUUCGUUAAAAAAGGAUGGAUUGGGAAACGGAGGUCGGCGUAAAGCUGGUCCUUGAAAAAAGUCAGAAGGGCUUUAGGAGGGGUGUGGGGGCAAUCGUAGGCAGAUGGAAUGGUAAGCGUAUGAUCAUAAGGAAUGUGGUAAGUCAUUUUCAUUUAAUCUACUUCAUCACCAUUAAUAUCUGACGACGUGGAGGUGCACCACAGUUCGAGGAUAACAAGAGGAGGAGGAGAGUGUGUCAUGUAAAGAAAGAUGAAGAUCAAAGAUCGAAAGGAGAAAAAAAAGAGAGAACUUACUGGGUGAGAACUACUGGCUAUGUGAGACAGAGAGCAAAGGAGCAGAUGAAAACGAAGACAAGGGCAACAUAGUGUGAGGAGAAACGAAGGCCUUAAAAAUCAUGUCGUCGGUUAUUUAGAGUUGUCCGAUCAAGGGUUUAGUAAAACAAAACUUGAUCUAUGCCGUCAAAAUUCAAAAAAUAGCAUUCACAUUGAAUCCCAACAGUUGCAUGUCACAUCGAACAUUUGGAGGCAUGAAAGUAUUACAUAUGGCAGUCAAUCACAUGUGACAUUAAUGAGGAAUGGAAACAAUCAGCAGACGUAUAAUGAAAAAACAUGUUCGACAUAUUUUGCAUUAAUGGCAAAGGAUUUGAGUAAUUUUUAAGAAAUCAGGAUAACAUUAGUAGCAAUAAAAGACACUAUGAGUAUAGGAAACCGCUCAAGAAAAAAAAAAAUCAAAAAAGAGAUAAUGAAUAGCUAAGUGUCUCUAACAUUCGAUCCAAUCGAUGUCAACCUCGGAGUUUCCCAAUUGGGCAGAAAUGAGUUUCCUUAGGAUUGUAAGUAAGGGCAGUAAUCAUUCGAGCUGAGCGACGACCCAGAUGGCAAAAUGCCCGGUUGGAAAUAAGAGUUACAAAAAAUACUAAGUGUCAAAUCAGUUGGACUUCCAGCGUCCUUCGACUAGACUUAAGGGAAAGUCUUGUGAUACAAUGAUAAAGA